AAUCAGCGGUUUUUCAUUGUACUAGUAUCUUCUAUAUGAUUUUCAACUUGUUUUCAACUAAAGUAUCAAUCAGUAAAUUGUUACAUUUAUUUAAAAAUGCCUCAAGGCAGACGAAAAGCACCAUUUAGCGGUAAGGCCAAAAAAGAGCAAUUAAAAGCGAAGAAAUUAGCGAAAGGCGGCGAUCCAGAAGGAAGACAGAAAUAUCUAUUAAAAUCAAGAAAUCGUUCUGAUGAUGAUGAAAGCGAUGAAAAUAAUGAUGGAAUCUUAAAAGUGAAUCAACAGCCAAGUAAAAAAUCAAAUAGCCGAGAUCGUAAUCCAAACCGAUAUGUGUUACAAUUUUUCCGAGAGACCGAUGAACAAUUGCAGCAAUUAAAAGAACUUGCAUAUCAAGAAAUCAAACCUGUACCGGAAACCGAAUUGGAAAUUAAAACAGAAGAUUUUUAUUGUGAUGAUUUAGAUUUUCCUAAACGACCACCAUGGGAUUAUAGUAUGACCGUUGAUCAAUUGAAUGCUAAAGAACAGAGAUAUUUUACUGAGUAUAUAAAGAAAAUUGAAAAUAGUUUUAGUGUUCGAAAUAUUGGAUAUUUUGAGUUAAAUUUAGAAACAUGGAGACAAUUAUGGAGAGUAUUGGAAAUAUCUGAUAUACUACUAUUCAUUGUGGAUAUACGUUUUGCCGCAGCAAUGUUUCCACCAUCCUUGUACGAUUACGUAACAAAUACUUUAAAAAAGGACAUGAUAUUAAUACUGAAUAAAAUCGAUUUGGUUCCUGCCCCAGUAGUAGUUGCAUGGAAACAUUAUUUACACAAUAAAUAUCCAGAUUUACGAAUUGUUUUAUUUACAACGUGUCCUGCAUAUAAUUUACGCGGUGGGGCUGAAUCUAUGACUGAUAAACAUGGACUGCAAAUUCGUCGACGUCGUGGUAAAUUACGUAUGGCUACGGAAGGUGCACAACUAUUAUACGACACUGUUCAUGAAAUUGUGGCAACACGACAUAAUAGUAAGAUUGAUUUAUCUGCAUGGCAACAAAAAAUUAAAGAAGAAAGUGAAUAUGAUGAAGAUGCCGAAUGCGAAAUACAAAAUAUUGAAUUAAAACAAAAAGCUGAUACAUCGUACAUUGAGUAUAGUGAACGAUUCAAAGAUGAUAUUGUUACAAUUGGUUGUGUGGGUCAACCAAACGUGGGUAAAUCAUCGAUCAUGAAUGCGUUAAUGGGUAAAAAGGUUGUAAGUGUGAGUAAAACACCUGGACAUACGAAACAUUUCCAGACAAUUUAUUUAACACCAAAUGUACGUUUAUGUGAUUGUCCUGGAUUAGUAUUCCCAUCAAUGGUGCCACGUAAUUUACAGGUGUUAAUGGGAUUAUUUCCUAUUGCACAAUUACGACAACCAUAUUAUGUUAUACGAUAUAUAGCGGAACGUGUUAAUUUAACAAGCUUAUUAAAUAUACAACAUCCCGAGAAUGAUGAUUCAUGGUCAGCAAUGGAUAUUUGUGAAGCAUGGGCUAAAAAACGAGGUUAUAAGACUGCAAAAGCUGCUCGCCCGGAUACAUAUCGAGCUGCAAAUAGUUUAUUGCGUAUGCAAUUAGAAGGGAAAAUAUGUGUUUGUUUACGUCCAGUGGGUUAUUCGGCUGAUAAAGAUAAAUGGACAUCACAUCCUGACUUGCAAAAAGUACUUUGGAUUCAAGCAAUCGAUAAAGAAACAAAUGAUGGUACAUCUUCAAGUAAAGUCGUGUUGACAGAAUCCGAAUCGGAUGAAGAUGAUACAAAUAAUUUAGUGUCAAACAUUAAAACACAAAAGCUGGCAGACGACACCAAUGAAUCAGAUUCUGAUAGUGACGUCUCAACUUCUCCUCCUGCUUCAAAUCAAAAUCCGUUUGCAGUACUUGCUGAAUAAAAUUUAUUGUUAAUUAUUUAAUACUCAUUUAAUCGGAGCGUCUAAUUUUAACAGAAUUCGUUUCUGUGAGAUUUAAGAGAUAAUCUAAUGAUGCAAUUUAUGGGGAAAAGCUGUGACUACAUAGUGAUUUAGAAAAUAACGUAAAUACAUGAGAACUUCUGUGCCUGUAUUUUAUUCGUUAAAAUUGUUGUUUUUGUUUUGUUUGGAAGGAUAUAAAUA